CUCAAAUUCCACAACGAAUCGGAAUUAUAAAACAUAUAGAUACAUUUGACUCUGUAUUUUUUGGAAUUCAUGGAAAAUUGGUUAAUUAUUUGGAUCCAAUUUAUAGAAAAAUAAUGGAAACUACAUAUGAAGCAAUUGUAGAUUCUGGAAUUAAUCCAAGAAAAUUAAAAGGAAGUAAAUGUGCAGUUUUUACUGGGAGUACAUUUGUAGAUUCGGAAAAAGGUUUCCUCUUUGAUAGAAAAGAGCAAAAUUACUUCGGUCUGCAGGGUGCCAGUCGUACUAUGUUGGCAAAUCGUAUUUCAUUUUUCUUCGACUUUUCAGGACCAAGUAUGAACAUCGAUUCUAGUUGUUGUGGUGGUGCUACUGCUUUACAGGAAGGAUAUAGAGCAAUAAAAGAUGGACGAGUUGAAAAUGCUAUUGUUGGUGCUACAAAUAUUGUUCUGCAACCACAAAUGUCUUUACAAAUGUUUUUGUUGGGACUUUUAUCACCCGAUGGAAUAACAAAAUCAUUCGAUAAUGCAGCAGAUGGUUAUACUCGCAGUGAAGGGAUUGUAGUCCUUUUUCUUCAAAAAGCUCGUAACGCAAAACGCAUUUAUGCAGAAAUAAAAAAUGCUCGUAUGAGUUAUGGGACUGUCAAUGAUAAGCAUUCGUUUUUCUAUCCGACCCACAAUUUUCAAGCUAACCUUAUGAAAACGGUCUUGGCAGAUUGUGGUCUCAAAGGAAAUGAUAUUUCAUAUGUAGAAGCCGAUGGUUCAGGCAUAAAAGAUGUUGAUGCUGAAGAAGUGCAAGCCAUUGAUGAAGUCUACAAUGAAAGACGUACAUCACCUCUUCUUAUUGGAUCUGUCAAAUCGAACCUUGGAUCAUGUUCAGCAGCCAAUCCACUCAAUGGAAUCAUUAAGGUAAUUACAGCAAUGGAGUUAGGAUAUAUUCCUCCAAACCUUCAUUUUAAACAAUCUUCUGAUAGAAUUCCAGCUCUAAUAGAAGGCCGGUGUAAAGUUGUAACGGAAUUAAUUCCUUGGACUGGAGACUAUGCAGUCGUUAAUAGUCUUGGUCUUACUGGUUCUACUGCUAAUGUUAUUUUAAAAGAAUACAAAAAAGAAAAGAAAAAUGGAGGAAUACCAAACGAUAAUUUUCCACGAUUAGUUACAAUUUCUGGAUGCACUGAAAAAGCUGUAGACUUCAUGCUAACCGAACUAGAAAGCAGACCUGUUGAUGUAGAAAUGCUACAGCUAAUGUACGACAUAUUUGACACAGAGAUUCCCGCUCAUUUGUAUCGAGGAUAUACACUGCUUCCUUCUAAAGGAUUACCAAAAAGUAAAAUCAGAGAGAUUCAAUUUAAUACGGGUGUUAAGAGAGAAAUUUGGUACAUGUUUUCUGGCAUGGGCUCUCAAUGGAUGGGAAUGGGAAAAGAUUUAUUGCACAUACCUAUUUUUGCGGAAGCCAUAAGUAAAUGUAAUAGAGUCUUACAACCUCAUGGUAUCGAUAUUGUGCGCAUUAUUACAGAGGAGAAUUCAAAAAUGUUUGAUAACAUUAUCAAUUCUUUUGUUGGAAUUGCAGCCAUUCAGAUUGGCUUAAUAGAUAUCUUAAGUGCAAUCGGUCUAAAACCAGAUUUUUUAAUUGGACAUUCAGUCGGAGAAUUAGGUUGUGCCUAUGCUGAUAAAUGUUUCUCAGCAGAAGAAAUGAUACUUUCUGCCUUCUAUAGAGGAUUAGCAUCCGUAGAAACAGAAAUGCCUAAAGGUUGCAUGGCAGCAGUUGGUCUUGGAUAUGAAGAAAUUAAAAAGCUUUGUCCACCUGAUAUUGACGUAGCUUGCCAUAACAGCGAGUAUAGCUCUACCAUUAGUGGUCCCGCAGAUUCCAUGAAAGCAUUUGUUGCACAUUUGAUAGAGAAGAAUAUUUUUGCUAAAGAAGUAGCCGUUAGUAAUAUUGCAUACCAUAGUCGAUACAUUGCACCGGCAGGUGAAAAAUUAAGAAAAUACCUUCAACUAGUGAUACCUAAUCCAAAAAUUCGAAGUCAGCGUUGGAUAAGCAGUUCAGUUCCAUGCAAUGAGUGGAAUUCUGCUAGGGCUCGAUUAUCAUCAGCAGAAUAUCACACAAAUAAUCUUUUAAGUUCUGUGUUGUUUGCCGAAGCUGCAAAAUGUAUUCCACCCAGUGCAAUUGUUAUAGAAAUAGCACCCCAUGGUCUUCUGCAAGCAAUUGUUAGAAAAUCAUUACCAGAAAAUGUCAUUAAUAUACCAUUAACUAAUAGGAAUCAUCCUGACAAUAUUUCAUUCCUCUUUGAUGCUUUAGGAAAAAUAUACAAUGCUGGCUGCAAUAUCAAUGUAUCUAAUCUUUAUCCAAAGGUUAGUUAUCCAGUAUCAAAAGGGACACGAUCAAUUUCAUCUUUAAUCCGAUGGGAUCAUUCAGAAAAAUGGUAUAAUGAUGUUUAUAAACAACGGAAGGACCUUCAAGCUGGAGAGAUUAAUUUUAUAAUAAAUCUAAAGGAAGAAGAAUGGAAGUAUUUAAAACAUGCCAGAAUUGAUGACAAAAUAGUUAUGCAUACUUCUUUUUAUUUACAUCUUGUUUGGGAAGUUUUUAAAUUAUUAAAAAAUAAUUCUGAAAUGUCAGUAGUUUAUCACGAUGUAAAGAUUCAUAAGCAUCAAGUCGAAAUCACAGAAGACGAAAAUAUCACAUUAGUGGUAAUGGUACUAAAAGCUACUGGCUGCUUUGAAGUAAGCAAUAACAAGACUUUAUUAUGCUCUGGAAUUAUACAAGCAACUGAUACUCCAGAGGAGGAAUGCAGUAAAGUUCCUAAAAAUGAUGAAUGUAAUUAUCAGAAUCUAAGUAAAGAUGAUGUUUAUACUAAACUACAGAUUCGAGGCUUACAAUACUCAGAUCCAUUUAAAACAAUUUAUAAAGCAUCAGCUGAUGCAUCCACUGGAACUUUGAUAUGGGAAAAUGAUUGGACAACAUUUUUGGAAGGAAUGAUUCAAAUGUAUAUACUAGGAAAUGAUAUUAAAAUAGCACAAAUGCCAAUUACAAUUAGAAAAAUUGUAAUUAACAUGAAACUUCAAAAAGAAACUCUAAUCAAGUCAAGAGAAAUUCCUGUAACAGUUUAUAAGGGAAUAAAAACUAUGAGUGCAGGCGGUAUACAUAUGGAAGAAAUUGUACUUAAAUCUAUUUUUCAUCAUUCUACGGAAAAUAAUGUAUUCACUGAACAACUGCAUAUUGUUCCUUGUACGGAUGGGGCAUCAUCUAAUUUAUUCGAGAUUUUUAAAAUAAUACUUCAAUUUCUAAACGAGAAUUCAGAAAAAUCAAAUUUAAUUCGUUUUGUCGACAAUAAAACUGAUAAUAUUGAAAACAUAAAGCAAGUCUUACAAAACGUUCUUGAAUAUAAUUUAAAAAUUAAAAAGUUUAAAAUCGAUGUAGUUUCUUCCUCUCGGAUAUUGAUGAAUAAAUCAAGUGACAUUGCACUUUUGGUGCUAUUUAAUAUUGAAAAACACAUUCUAAAGGAUGUCUUAAAUUUCACAUUAGACGAAUUAUUUAUAUUAAUUUUAACGGACCAUGAGAAUGAAAGUGCAAUUUUGAAAAUAGCAAGUUCUGCAGAAUUAGGUCUUGUUGUAAGAAAAUAUUUUUCCAACAAUCAAGUUGCAUUGCUGUUUCGUCGAAUACAAACAGCCAAAAAAACGAGUAUUUUAGACAUUAAUGAUAAUCAAGAUUGGUCGAAUCAACUUAAAACAAGACUCAAUUCAGAAUGUUGUGAUAGGCUCAUUAUUGCAAUCAGAUCCAAAGAAUGUUCUAAUCUGUCAAAAAUCCUUGAAGUUGUACGUAAAGAAGGAAAAAUAAAUAAAAUUCAAAUUGUUGAUAUUCAAGAUCCAAAAAUUUCUAAAUUCUCCUUAGAUGAUUCUUUCUUCCGUGAUCAUAUGGAUCUCAAUAUGAAAUUGAAUAUUCUUUUACCUGAUAGAAUUUGGAGUAUGUAUCAACAUUUUCCAAUUUCUUCAAAUCUUCAACAUGCCUCUAAUUGGAUAGCAAGACAGCAAAAUUGUUCUGAUCUUGAAUCAAUCUCAUGGGUUGAAGGAUUAGCUAAAAAUGAUAGAAACACAAUCAAAGUGGAAUACUCAACAGUUACUCAACAAGAUAUUUUCUUAGCAAAUGCACAACUAGCUUCAGAAGACAUGGGAAAACGUAGACUUGAAACGAAAUUAUUUGGUCAAGAAUAUUCUGGAAUUGAUUUUAAAGGCAAUAGAGUUAUGGGAAUUGCUCCAAAUGGAUCAUUUUCAAAUCUUAUAUCACCUGACACUUAUUACACGUGGAAAAUACCUAAUAAUUGGUCUUUAGAAGAUGCUGCAACUGUUCCAUUAGCCUAUGCUGUUGCUUAUCAUUCUAUUUCAAUAAAAGGAGAAUUAGAAAACAAGGAUACAAUUUUUGUUUACGAUGGUUGUUGUUCAAUUGGACAAGCUGUUCUUAAUUUAGCAUUAAACAUUACAUCUCGCAUAUUCGUAGGAUACUCUAAUUAUAAUGGCAAAAAAUUUCUAAAAAACAAUUAUCCGAAUAUUCCCGAAAAUCAUCUUGUAAGUACAAAAGGAAGUUUCGUUGAGCGUCUAUUAUUACGAACAGGAAUAAAAACUAUGAAGUUAGUGAUAUAUAAUGGAAAUGAUUUAAGUAUAAUACAAAAUUGUUCACAAUUAGUGAUAAAGGGAGGAAAAUUUAUUGUCAUUGGAAAUUUACACGAUACAUUCAAUAGAUCUGUUGGUAUACGAUUUUUCAGUGAAAAUGUUAUAAUGACCGCAAUAAUUCCAACGAAUUUAAUAAAUCUCGAUCAGACAACAAAAGAAAAGUUAUCGCAAAUGAUGGUAAAUGGAAUUGAAAAAGGAAUUGUAAAGCCACUUUCUAAACGUGUCUACUCAAGAGAAAUGUUAAAGGAAGCUUUUAUUGACGGAGCUUCAAAAUCUUACUUUGAAAAUAUUGUUGUCAAAAUACAACCAGAUGAUGGAAGUAACAAAGCCUUAGCAAUAUCUCGUUUUAUAUGUGAAAGUGAAGGAUCUUAUUUAAUUAUUGAAGGAUUAAGCGACUUUGGACUAGAAUUAGUUGACUUUUUAGUUAAUAGAGGUGCUAAAAAAAUUAUUAUAUUUUCUGAGUCAAAGAGUACAAGAGUUUACAGCAAUCAAAGAAUAAGUUUGUGGAGGUCAAAUGGAGUUUCGAUGGUAGUUCGUGAUGAAUUGAAUUUUUCCGAUCAAGACACUAUCACUGAACUUAUUAAAGAUGCUCAUAGACUUGGCACAAUAGAUGUCAUUUUUGAUCUUCAGCGCAUUGAAAUCUUAUCUAAAAGAUCAAGCAGUUCAAAAUACUUAUUUACAAAAUAUGCAUUUGAAAAAUCUCAGCAACUAUGUUCUAAUUUACGAAGAUUUAUUGUUUUCUCGUCAUGUAAAGAUAAUGGGGAAAAUAUUGAUGAUGUUUUGUUAAGAGAAAUAAACUUGACGAAAAUAUUUCAAGAAAAAUCAAAAGAAAAAUUUCCAGGACUUUUGAUUCUUUUGGGACCAGUUACAGUAGGAGUUAAAAAAUGUAGUACAACUGAAAACGAGAAAUAUAUACCUUUCUUAUCUAUUCCUUGUAUUAUGAGACAAAUGGAUAAAAUAUUUGGACUAAGUGGAUACAUUGCGUCUAUUUUUUACAAAAUAUCAGAGAUAUCAAAGGAAUCAUUUGAUUCAAAGAAGGUCAUCGUUGAAGAAACAGAAAAAUCAAAAUUCAACAAGUAUAUUACAGCAGAUUAACAAUUAACAGUGUCAUCUAAAAUUCAAAAGGAAAUAUUAAAAUUGUCUAUUAUCUUAAAAAAUGUAUGUUAUUAGGCUUUUAUUAAAAUUGUGUACGUUUACAACAUCACGAGAUGAAAUUAAAUUAAACCAAUAGGUUUUAAACUAUGCAAUGAUCUGACUUUUAUUGCCAAAGGAUUUGCUCGCCGGAUGGAGUCCGGGUACCUAUUUUGACUAGUUACUUUAAAUCUCGGUAGAUGGCGUGAAGCGCCAUCUAUGUUUCGAUUAAUUUCGGAACUAUUUCUUAUUAUGAUGUAGAGGAGAGGUGUAGUCAUUGACGAGUCUUUAUUUAAACCUUCGAAGGAGAAUAUAUUGUUUAAAUAAAAGAAUAAUAAAAUAUACAAAAAUGAAUUAUUACAUAAAAUAAUAUAAGAAUGAAAGAAUCUAUACAAUGCAAAUAAAAUACUAAUCUCUAGAAAACAUAACGAUGAAAGAACUAGCUAUUCCAGAAGAGCAUUCGCUGAG